AUGUCGAUGCCUCAUCCGCCAGAAAACAUGGACAGACAGCAGCAGAAGUACACUGACGGAUGUGAAGUAGCUUGGUUUGGGUGUCGCCGCGGUGCUGCAGUGCGGUGGGGAGGCAACUCGAACAAAACAUUGGGUCAGACGAGGUGGACAACGUCGCCGGAGAUGGCUUCCCAGGCGCCGGAGCACAAGCAGUGGCACUCCAAUGUCGGGCUCGACGAAUUUGUCGGGCACGUCCUCACGUUCAAGUCUUUGGUUGACUCUACGCAAACCCGUGAAUUGGGCACGGUCGACAAAGAACAACUUAAGAAAAUGAUGGGAUGGGGACUCUUCAUUGAACAGGUGGUCGGGGGGUUGAAUACCGACUCGCAGCGAGAUAGUCUCGCCCGGGCCUUGGGUCUUUCGCACCGUGCUAUUCUGCCUCGUCUCUACCAGGCGCGUAGGUGGGUGCUUAGGUCCAUGCUCGGCAGUACCUUCUUGGUCGACCACCCUCGCCCCGAAUCUUUGGUGAUGUGGAUCAUGGCCUGCUACGAAGAACUCCCACCGCUCCAAGCCCACCAAGACGCGGGAGGCGAGACUGACCAGUCAGCGUCGUUUGUCGACGAUGCCAGCGCUGUUGUGAAAUCUCGAGGAGACGUAGGUGUUGUGUCGCAUGCCUACUCGGCUCUCUUACUCUGCGGAGGCGGGAGCAAGUUGGCGUCUUCCAUCAGCACCAGAGAUGCCGCUGGAGGCGGUGGAAAAAGUACGAGGGUGCCAUGCUUGUAUGAGAUGAGUGUAGACACCGCACAGAAGCGAGCGUAUGCGAGCAACUGCUUCACAUUUUUGUCAUCGAGGUGCGCACAGGGUGAUGGGCAACACAAGCAUGGUGUGCUCGCCGAACAAGUCACCAGCUUCAUCCUGGAGCUCUCUGAACUUGCUCAAACGGACAUUGUGUCUCUCGAAAUUUUGUGUCUAGUGCUGCUAGAGCCGUGGAGACAGGCCACUCGCACUGCAAAACAUCAAGCAGAAGACUCGGCAUGCGAUUCACAACAAGAAUCGCUGGGCACCUCGCUGAACGGCGCGCUCCUGAAGCAGGUUGAGGGUUUCCUGGACGAUGCUAGGCUGUGGUCCUUGGACGAAUGGCUUCUGGGGGAGAUAUCACACCGCCACGAGUCGUUCGCCAGAGCCUACGUGGAAAAGCUGACGCGAUCGCGGGAGGAGCUGGUUCGCAGAGAAUAUUUAACGUCUGCCGACUCGAGUGGGCUCUGCUUGAGAAAAGAGGACGUGCAGAGCAGGCUGGGCGUUUUGUGUUCAAGAAGCGAGCGAUUAAAGCGCCUCGUGUUCCGGACGAUAGCUUUGAAUUAAAAUAGGCUCAGGAGGUGUAGUGAUCCCGCCCCCGGGCGCACGCCAUGUACGCACUGGCCCAUUUUUCGGCUGUAGGUGGUAAUGAGGGACAAGGCCGAGGGGGCAGGCCGUGAAAGAACAGCGAAGAGAGAAAACAUCUCUCGGCAUAUG